GCAAACGGUGUUGGUGUCGCUUGUGCUCCGUGGCAUCCUCUCUGGUUCUCCCGAGUCUGACAGGCCUAUCUGCCGCCAAUAUGAACAUCCGCCGUGCUCGGCCAGAUGACCUGAUGAACAUGCAACACUGCAACCUCCUUUGCCUUCCUGAGAACUACCAGAUGAAGUACUAUUUCUAUCAUGGCCUCUCUUGGCCCCAACUCUCCUACAUUGCUGAGGAUGAAGAUGGGAAGAUUGUGGGUUAUGUCCUUGCCAAAAUGGAAGAGGAUCCUGAUGAUGUCCCUCAUGGACACAUCACUUCACUGGCUGUGAAACGCUCCCAUCGGCGCCUUGGCCUGGCCCAGAAGCUGAUGGAUCAGGCCUCACGGGCUAUGAUUGAGAACUUCAGUGCCAAGUAUGUGUCCCUGCAUGUCAGGAAGAGCAACCGAGCAGCCCUGCACCUGUAUUCCAACACCCUGAACUUCCAGGUUAGUGAGGUGGAGCCCAAGUACUAUGCAGAUGGAGAAGAUGCGUACGCUAUGAAGAGAGACCUCUCACAGAUGGCAGAUGAGCUGAGACGCCAGAUGGUGCUGAAGAAGAGCAAAUAUGUGUUGCUGGGUUCCAGAGAGAACCAGGAGAACCAGGGCAGCACACUCCCUGGUUCUGAAGAAGCUUGUCAGCAGGAGAACCUGGGUGGAGAUGAUAGUGGCAGUGACAGCAAAGACAGCUUGCAGGACUUGGACUCUACUGCCUAGACCCUGCUUGAGCAUUACAGGUCCUUGUAUUUUAGCCACAUUUUUUUCUUGGGAACCCUGUGCUUGCUGUGAUCUGCACUACGUGCUCCAGGGUCAUCUCACGGUGACCCCAGUGCCUUCUCAUUUCCAUGCUUAGCAGCAGCCUUCCACUUAAAACUAACCUAUGUGAUCAUGACGGCACAUCUGCACACAGGACCUGCUGUGCAGGAGCCGGGGAAGCUUGAGGACUGCCACGGCAGCACCUUUCUUGGCUUCUAUGCUGCCCUCGUACCCUGUUUACUACUGCACUGAUUGUGUGUAUCUUGCAGGUUUCCUCCUUGAAUGCCAAGCAGGAAGUGGGGACAACUCAAGAAGAUCCCCAGCUUUCAGCAUUUGCCAUUAUUUUCUGGGUCUUAUUUCUUGGAAUAGGCAGGACAAUCAAGUUAGUUCUUAUCCCCUGAGCCCCUAUCUGGUGGAAAUUGCUUACCCUUGCUUUCUCUGGAAACUGCCUUUGCCCUGCCUUCCCUCUUUUUGAAGAAGAAUGUUCCCUUUCCCAGUGGGAGAAGGUGGUAGGUAUUGGACUUCCACAAAAGCAUAAUUUGGAGAUGUUAAGGAAAGGACAAGCAGAAAUUAAAUUGCAAUCUAACCUGAAAAAAUAAAAAUAUUAAAAAAAGGA